AUGUCAUCUUCAACGAAGAAAUUCACAAUUACUCAUGAUUUUUGUGGCCUGUUGGACUACGAUGAGAAUUAUGAUGAAUUUAGUGAACAGGAGGAACACUUUCAUAUGAACUGGGUUCUGAAUUUAUGUCAAGAGGAUGGAAACGCGGAAUUGAUCAUUUUUGGAGAUCCUCCGGAAGAUGAUUAUGAAGAUUCAGAGCCCUUCGAUAAAGAAUAUUCAAUAGAAGCAGAAAUAGAAAUCAAGUUGUUGCCAAAAAACAGGAAAAUCGAGAGAAAAACGCAUAAGGUUGUCUUCACGUAUCACGAGACUUUUCACAAAGUCCGUCUGAUGAGCUGGGACGUCUUAAGGAAAAGAUGCUCGGUAGAUGAAGAAUUGAAAGUUGAAGUGCACAUUGUGAUCACUAAAAUGGUCCGAGUUGCGGGAAGAAAAACGGUGGAUUUUGGAGAAGCAAUGAGAGAAUAUUCGGACGUUGCUCUGAUCGUUGGAGAGAAGAAAUUCCACGUCUCGAAACUGUAUCUCUCGUUCGAAUCGUCAUAUUUCAAGUCAAUGUUUCUUGGAAACUUCGCAGAAUCCAACAAGUCGGAAGUGACACUUCAUGACAUUGAUACUUACGAGUUUCAGAAGUUCAUAGAAGUUCUAUACGGACGAAAUGCUAUCGAUGAUGACUAUCUAGCGAGUAUUCUCCGUCUAGCCGACAUGUUCGACGCUUCGAUUGUUCGUGAGAGAUGUCAAGACUUUCUGGUGGAAAAAUCGAAAAAGUCAUUGAAAGAAAAGCUGGAAUUGGCGUCCGAAUACAGAAUGGAGAAUUUGAAGAAAAAGUGUCUUUCCGACAUCAAAGCAUUGGAUAAUCUUAAUUAA